AUGGCAGAGGCAUACCAGAAAGAGUUCUUCAACGUUUCAUUCCCAGCGGAAUAUGUGGCGCACGUUGAGAUUAAUCGCCCGGAGAAGAUGAAUGCGUUCAAGGAGGUCAUGUGGCUCAAUCUCUCCGCCAUCUUCCGCCAACUCUCCCACGACCCCAACGUCCGCGCCGUCAUCCUAACCGGCGCUGGCGACCGCGCCUUUACAGCCGGUCUAGACGUCCAAGCCGCAUCCAACGACGGCGCCCUCGCGCAGAAAGAAGGCGAGACACCACUAGACGUAGCCCGCAAAGCCACCGUGAACCGGCGCCACAUUCUCGAAUUCCAAGAUUGCAUCACCGACAUUGAAAGAUGCGAGAAGCCCGUCAUAGCAGUCCUCCACGGAAUAUCCUUCGGCCUCGCCCUCGACCUCUGCCUCGCCUGCGACGUCCGCAUCUCCACCACCACUACCAGAUUCUCCGUCAAAGAAGUCGACAUCGGCAUCGCCGCAGACAUUGGCACUCUGUCUCGGCUCCCCCACUCCGUCGGCAACCUCUCCUGGGUCAAAGACAUCAGUCUCUCCGCCCGUAUUUUCCCCUCGAGCGAAGCUCUGCAGCACGGACUCGUGUCGGCCGUGUAUAAAGACAAGGCCGAGGCCGUGGCUGAAGCGACCAAGUUGGCGGCCACGAUUGCGACCAAGAGUCCUGUAGCGACGUUGGGGACUAAGCAUAUUAUUAAUUAUUCGAGGGAUAGGACUGUGGCCGAGGGCUUGACUUAUACGGCCAUUUGGAAUGCGGCGAUGGUGCAGACGGAUGAUGUCAAGGAUGCGCUGUUGAGUGGCAUGCAGAAGAGGACGCCCAAGUUUAGUAAGUUGUAA